CUUGUAACCCACAACUCCUUUUCCCAAUUUCUCUCUCCUCUCUCUCUCUCUCUGAGUUCUCCUUUCUCUCUCUUGAGUUACCAUUUCUCAUUCAUUCAUAAUGCACUAAUCAUAACAACACCGUUCAGCUCAACAACAAAAAAUAAAAUAAAUCAUAACACCGUUCGUUCAUCAAUGGCGGUUCCGCUGCAUUCCUAGAUUGCUCUCUUUUUCACCAAUUUUCAUUCGUUGCGUGUGUUUGUUCGCUGAGUGCGUUAGUUAUUACAGCAAUGGAGUUCGAGCACCCCACCGCGACGCCUCUCAACUCCGCCAUGACCUACGACGAAGCCUCCAUGGAGCGCAGCAAGAGCUUCGUCAACGCCUUGCAGGAACUUAAGAACCUGAGGCCUCAACUUUAUUCUGCUGCAGAAUACUGUGAAAAAUCUUAUCUCCAUAGUGAACAGAAACAAAUGGUACUUGACAACCUGAAAGACUAUGCUGUAAGAGCCCUUGUGAAUGCUGUUGACCAUCUAGGAACGGUUGCAUACAAGUUAACUGACCUUCUUGAGCAGCAAACAUUGGAUGUCUCAACUAUGGAUUUGAAGGUCGCUACCAUAAAUCAGAAACUUCUUACAUGCCAAAUUUACACUGAUAAAGAAGGCCUACGGCAGCAGCAAUUGUUGGCUUUCAUUCCCAGACAUCAUAAGCACUACAUUUUGCCAAAUUCUGUCAAUAAAAAGGUACAUUUCAGUCCUCACAUACAGAUUGAUGCAAGACAGAAUCCAUUUCAAACCAGAACCCGUUUUCAAUCUUCAGGUACCCCUGCAGCCAAAACUCUUUCAUGGCAUUUAGCAUCAGAGACAAAGUCUACCUUAAAAGGGUCUUCACAUGCUUCCCCUUCCCCAAACAUUGAGAACCCAAAGUUUUCUGGCAAGGCCUCUGGAGUUUUCCAUCUCUUAGAUAAUGAAGAGAACACCUGGAUGAAAUCCUCACCAGCACAAAUUCACUUUCCAAAUGGAGUUUCUACUUCUAGUACACCCAUGCAUACUUUAGGUGGUACACGCAAGGAUGCAUUGGAAGGUUCCAAACCAUUCACAACAUUCAGGUCAUUUGACAACCAAAAUCGGCGAGAGACGGUCCAAGUUCCUACUCGUAGCAAAAGUAUGCUAUCAGCUUUCUUUGUGAAGCAGAAAACACCAAAGUUGAAAGCCAGUUCUUUCUUAUGAAUACCUCUAAAGCCAUCCCCUCCCCUAUGCAAAUGCUCAGAAUUAAUUAGUUUCUGAAUCAAGCCUUUAAAUAAUGAUCCUGUAAGUAGCCGGUUCCCUGGCAAUGAAAAUGGUUGGGAUCUUGGUCUUAUAAUCGCUUUAUGUUACUCUUGUGAAUUGUGAUCUAUAGAGUUCAGGCACCAGUAAAAUGUAUAUUUUUCGUAUGCUAUGCAAAAAAAGUUUCAUUAUUUUUUCUUGU